GGAAAAAAAAUGUAAACUCUACAUUUAAGUGUAACUAAAUGUUAAAAAGGGAAGUCCUCGCAGCUGCUGUGCUGUAUAACUGAAUGGAGAACUUGCUUUUUUGUUUGCAUGGCCAAAAGAAAAAAGAGGAAAAGUCAAGUGUGUUCCGUUACUAACAGACUUAAAAUGAAGCUGCUGUUUGUUGUCGUUCUCUUAUUAGAUAUUCCUGGAUCGAGCGGCCUGCAGACGGUGGAGGAGUCUGGCAACAUUUCCCUGAGACUUGACUUCCCGCCGCUAUACAGCGGUCACGUCAAGUCAUGCUGCAAGGUGUACCCAAGCGGGUGUCAAACCCUCCUGGACAGCACGGGCUACACCGCCGACUUCCUGAGAGGAAGGGUGAGCGUCACAGAGACAAACAGCUGGAUUGAGUUCAAAGUGGCUCGGGUACGGACGGGAGACAGAGGCUACUACAGAUGUGUGCUGCUGGGCACUCCCGUCUACAUUUAUGCUGAUCAUCGGUUUCGUGUUUCUGGAACCUUAGCUGACCACGGCGAGCGGUCCCGGGUCUCACUGUUGACAAGAACCCAGAGCCCGGAGUGGACUGGAACUGAAGUGCCACAGGGGCACAGUGACCCUCCCAAUAGAACGCUACGGACUCUUUGGACAUGUGGCGCCAUCGCCGUCAUCGCAUUGAGUGUCAUCGUCGUCAUUGUUUUUGCCUCAGUCAAAGGAGCACUUUGCUUCACGGUCAAGAACAAAUCUAAACACUUGGGUAAGCUUGGUUAUUAUUAUCAUUAUUUAUUAAUGGACGGAACUCUUCGCUGUGAGGCAGACGUGCUAACCGCUCAGCCACCUUGCUCCCCAGCACCACCUGUCCUCGUUAGGGUCACAUUUACACCAAUCAGCAUUCAAAAUGAUUUGUGGAUUUUGCAGUCUUCCUGCCUUUAUGAAACCAUUCAUUCAUUUUUCGUUCUAGACAAGAGUGGAAAAACGGAAUCAGCCAAACAAGAGGCCACAGUAGGGGAGACGUCUGGCGUCAUCUACACGACAGUAGAUUUCCGAAGCAAGUCUAUAAGAGCGCCUCACGCUGGUGAGGCGGAGUACUGCACCCUAGCCAUCCACCAGUGAAUGUGCAGCCACUUGCCGCCAUGCCACGAGGUCACCUUGUGUAUUUUAAAUCGAGACAUAUUAUGUAAAGUUGACUUUUGAAAGUUUGGUGUCCAAAUAAUUGUGUGCAUGCAUGUCAAGUAUGAAAUAAAACAAC